GUUGUGUUUUGAGCACUCGCACGGUGGCAGCAUAAACUCACUCGCUGUGUUUUUAAGGUAAUUACACCCCCGUGACCCGCCCUCAUUUCCCCUCUUCCUCACCACCGGGACCUGAAAAUACACACAGCCCAGCCCUAAGAGAGAGCUGCAGUGAUGGGGCGGUGAGGAUGCCAGAGCACGACUGUCCCGUUUGGACUUUUUUUUAUGACAUUCCUAAACUUCACAGUUUACUUUUUUAAUAAUACCAUUGUGAUUUAACCUGUCUGCUGCCAUGUUGCGGGUCGCUGUACAGUCGGCUAAAAAUCUGCCUAAAAAGAGAGUUGGAAAUCCUGACCCUAUUGUCUCAGUGGUUUUUAAAGAUGAGAAGAAGAAAACAAAAUCAGUUGACAGUGAGGUGAAUCCUGUAUGGAACGAGGUGCUUGAUUUUGACCUAAAGGGCUCUGCACUGGACUCCAACUCCUUCAUCAAUGUGGUUGUGAAAGACUAUGAGACUAUUGGGAAAGACAAAUUCCUUGGGUCAACCCAAAUCUCUUUGAGAGACCUUGCCUCAGGUCAAGCAAGAUCGCUGCCAUCCCAAAAUAUUCCUCUGUCCAGUGAAAAUGGACAGAAUACUGGAGCUACAAUCAACCUUGUGGUCACCUAUGAUCCUCCUGCCAAUGCUGCCUCAAACCCCAAUGACCCUCACUCAGGGGACACUGCGGAUGCCGGUGUCGGUGGUGAGGAGGGGGAUGAGACUCAACCAGAUGGGGGUCAGAGUGGCUCUGCAGGGCCCCCCCUGUCCCUGGGUCAGUCUGUUAGCCUCCGUAAGCGGCUAUCGCGGACACAGAAUCGCCAUCGACUAAUCAACAAACCGCAGGACUUCCAGAUUCGUGUCCGGAUUGUUGAGGCUCGUCAGUUGCCUGGCAACAACAUUAAACCAGUGGUAAAGGUCAGUGUGUGUGGAGACACCCACAGGACGAGGAUCAAGAAAGGAAACAACCCUUUCUUUGAUGAGAUGUUCUUCUACAACGUCAAUAUGCUGCCAUCAGAUCUGUUUGACAAGUACAUCAGCUUCAGGAUUUAUAACUCCUUCUCACUGAGGGCUGACAGUCUCAUGGGAGAAUUCAAGUUGGAUGUUGGGUAUGUCUAUGAUGAACCAGCCCACUGUGUCAUGAGGAAGUGGCUUCUGAUGAAUGACCCAGAUGACUCCAACUCUGGGGCUAAAGGGUACCUCAAAGUCAGCCUCUUUGUUGUGGGGACCGGUGACGAGCCUCCGGUGGAAAAGAGGGAGGCAAAUGAUGACCAGGAUGACAUAGAAAGUAAUCUGCUGCUGCCGGCUGGUGUGACUCUGCGAUGGGCCACGCUGUCACUGAAGGUGUUCAGAGCUGAGGACAUUCCCCAGAUGGAUGACGCCUUCAUUCAGACCAUGAAGAUUUUUGGGGCAGAUGAAAACAAGAAGAAUCUGGUGGACCCUUUUCUAGAGGCUCGCUUUGCUGGCAGGAAGCUGUGUACUCAGAUCCUUGAGAAAAACGCAAACCCUGAGUGGAACCAAGUGCUGAACCUUCAAGUAAAAUUCCCCUCCAUGUGUGAGCGUGUCAAACUGACAGUCUUUGAUUGGGAUCGUGUCACGGGGAAUGAUGCUGUUGGCACAACAUACCUGAACCUGGCCAAAAUCGCCUCUUCUGGUGGAGAGAUCGAAGCAAACACAGGGCAGUCUGAGGUGGGUUUCCUGCCUGUGUUUGGGCCCUGCUAUGUCAACCUGUAUGGCAGCCCCCGAGAGUUCACAGGCCUGCCAGACCCCUACGAAGACCUCAAUUAUGGAAAGGGGGAGGGAGUGGCAUACAGGGGCAGGGUCCUGGUAGAGCUCUCCACUAAGCUGGAAGGGAAAGAAGACAAAGCAGUCGACAGUAUCCACAGUGAUGACAUCCUGGUUGUUCAGAAGUACCAGAGGAGGAGAAAGUACUGCCUGUGUGCUGUCUUCCAUGGCGCCACCAUGAUACAGGAGCCAGGGGAGCCAAUCCAGUUUGAGGUCAGCAUUGGCAACUACGGCAACAAAUUGGACACCACCUGCAAACCCCUGGCCUCCACCACUCAGUACAGCUGUGCUAUGUUUGAUGGUAACCACUACUAUUACCUGCCCUGGGCAGACACAAAGCCUGUGGUUGUAGUUACCUCAUUCUGGGAAGAGAUCAGCCACCGUCAGGACUCUGUCAACAUCAUCCUCUACAUUACUCACCGUCUGCAAUCUAACCUGGAGGCAUUUAAAACUGGCAUCCAGGCAAAAACGCCUGACAAUGAGCUGGUGGAGGUGUGGCUGAAGCUUCUCAAUCAGCUGAUUGAAGACUUGGAAAGUUUCCCCAUGCCUGAGCUGGAGGGACGCUCCAACCUGACGUCUCUGGAUGUCCAAAUCAAGAAGCUGCGAGACAGUGGAUUGACCAACAUCAAGGAGGGAGCCCGACGCAUGAGAGAGGAGGCCAGAGAGAUCAGGGACACCCUGUCUGAUUUAGAGUCCUGGGCUGAAAAACUCAAAGUGAUGGCUGAGGAGCCUCAGAACAGCAUGCCUGAUGUGAUCAUCUGGAUGUUACGGGGAGAGAAGAGGGUCGCCUACUGUCGCAUCCCUGCACACCAAAUCCUCUUCUCCACACACAGCGAGCAGGCCUGUGGUCAGCACUGUGGCAAGAUGCAGACCAUUUUUUUACAGUACCCCAUGGACAAGAACAGGGGUCUGAAGGUGCCGGUUCAGGUUAGAGUCAACAUGUGGCUCGGCCUGUCUGCUCAUGAGAAGAAGUUUAACUCGUACUCAGAGGGAACCUUCAGUGUGUUCGCUGAAAUGUACGAGAACCAGGCCCAGGUGUUUGGGAAGUGGGGGACCACAGGACUGGUGGGGCGCCACAAAUUCUCUGACAUGACGGGCAAACUGAAGCUGAAGAGGGAGUACUUCAUGCCUCCUAAAGGAUGGGAGUGGGAAGAGGACUGGUUCAUCGACCCUGAGAAAGCUCUCUUAACGGAGGCAGACGCUGGACACACUGAGUUCAUGGAUGAGGUGUUCCAAAAUGAGACUCGCUUCCCAGGCGGGGAGUGGAAAGGCGCCUCUGAGCCUUUCACUGAUGUGAAUGGAGAGAAGAGCCGUAACCCUGGAGAGUUUGACUGUCCUCCUGGUUGGGGUUGGGAGGACGAAUGGACUGUGGAUGACAACAGAGCUGUGGAUGAUCAAGGCUGGGAGUAUGGAGUCACCAUUCCUCCAGAUGACAAGCCUCGCUCCUGGGCCUGCGUAGAAGGUUACCACGUCCAUCGAAGGAGACGACUGGUUCGACCCUCGCAGGAGAGUGGCGGUCCCUGCAGGAGGACCCCUAGCGGUCAGGACCUAGGCGACCCUGAGGGCUGGGAGUUCUCUUCUCUGAUUGUGAAGUUUCACAGAAAGGAGCGAUCAUCAGACACGUUCCGGCGAAGGCGGUGGAGGAGAAAGAUGGCACCAGAAGACCGGCUUGGAGCCUCUGCCAUCUUCCAGCUAGAGGGAGCAUUGGGUGUUGAUCUUGAGGACAAGGAGAAAGGCUCCAAGGCAGACGCCACCAAGCUGUUUGGUGCCAACACUCCCACUGUGUCCUGCUCUUUCUGUAGGGUACAUUUGUACCAUCUCCGUGUCUACGCCUAUCAGGCACGGAAACUUGCAUCGAUGGACAAAGCUAGCUUUUCUGACCCGUAUGCCCAAGGUCUCUUUCUUCAUGUCAGUAAGACGACAGAGAAGUUGGCCGCCACACUGAACCCCACCUGGGAUCAAACUCUGAUCUUUAACGCCGUGGAGAUUUAUGGAGACCCCCGUAAUGUUGCUCUACGCCCACCAGAGGUCGUUUUGGAGUUCUACGAAAUGACCAAGUGUGUAGGCCGGAGGGUCUUGGGAGGAAGCUGCUGGCCGCGUGUUUGCUCACCAAUGGUGAAGCUGAAUGCAGGCAUGGAUGAGUUGCCCAAGCUGCUGUGGCACCCCGUCAUCCAGAAAGGUGUGAAGGCGGGGGAGGCUUAGUAGCUGCUGGAACUCAUCCUCAAGGACAAGUCAACUGAGUCAGAUCUUCCCCUGGUUCCUCCAAAGAGAGCUGAAAACCUCUACAUGGUCCCUCAGGGCAUCCGGCCUGUGGUGCAGCUCACUGCUGUAGAGGUAACAUUCCUAGCGUGGGGCCUGAGGAACAUGAAGCCCUAUCAGCUGGCUGCAGUGUCGUCACCCAGUCCUGUGGUGGAGUGUGGGGGGCAAAGGGUGGAGUCAGCAGUCAUCAAGAACAUGAAGAAGAGCCCCAACUCCAGCUCUGUGCUCUUCAUCAAAGUGCUCCUCCCAAAGGAUGAGAUGUACACGCCUCCCAUUGUCCUAAAAGUGAUCGACCACCGUCCAUUUGGCAGGAAGCCUGUGGUGGGUCAGUGCACCAUCAAUCUGGAGAAUUUCAGAUGUGACCCUUAUGUCAUCACUGCAGAGGGAGCCAUGACGUCUAAAAUGGCUCUGAUGGCAUCGCCUAUGAAACACGUCUCCAUUAACAUGGAUGAGUCCAGACCACUGCUGGAGGCCAAGUUCAUGUACAGCAUGUCAGCUGCUGUCAACAAACUGGCUUCCCCUACCUCCCACUUUAUUGAAGAGAAGGAAAAAGAAACAGUUGACUGGUGGAGUAAAUUCUAUGCGUCAACCGGAGACCAGGAGAAAUGUGGCCCGUACCUCAAGAAGGGAUACGACACCCUGAAAGUGUAUGAAUGUGACCUGGAGGAUGUCCAAGAGUUCAAAGGGCUGACUGAUUUCUGCAGUACCUUCAAACUUCAGAGAGGCAAGAAUGAAAACGGGGAUGAAGACCCCACUGUGGUCGGAGAGUUGAAGGGUUCGUUCAAGGUGUACCCUCUGUCAGACGACCCAGGUGUUGCUCCUCCUCCCCGACAGUUCAGAGAGCUGCCAGAAAGUGGACCCCAGGAGUGUCUGGUCCUUUAUGUGAUCCGGGCCAUAGACCUGCAGCCCAAAGACAAUAACGGCAGAUGUGAUCCAUACAUGAAGAUUUCCCUGGGAAGGAACACGAUUGACGACAGAGACCAUUACUUACCCAACACCACCAACCCAGUGUUUGGAAAGAUGUUUGAGAUGCCAUGUUUCCUGCCUCAGGACAAAGACCUGAAAAUCUCAGUUUACGACCAUGAUCUCCUGAGUCGUGACGAGAAGGUCGGCGAGACAGUGAUCGACCUGGAGAACCGCUUCCUCUCCAGAUACAACUCCUACUGCGGCCUGCCACAAAGCUACUGCAUUUCUGGUAUUAACCAGUGGCGGGACCAGAUGAAGCCAUCUGAGAUCCUGGAGAACCUGGCCCGUCUAAAGGGCCUGUCCAAACCCAGGACUGAAGACAAUGGCACAUCUCUCACCUUCAACGGCAAAGACUACACGCUUGCUCAGUUCGAGACAAACAAGGAAAUUCAUCAGCACUUGGGUCCGGCCCGAGAACGAAUCUGUCUGCAUGUGCUCAGAAAACAAGGACUCGUCCCUGAACAUGUGGAGACCAGGACCCUUUACAGCACCUUCCAGCCCACUCUCUCUCAGGGAAGCCUUCAGAUGUGGGUGGACGUUUUCCCCAAAAGUAUCGGCCCCCCUGGGCCUCCCUUUGACGUCACACCCCGCAAACCCAAGAGGUUUUUCCUGCGAGCUGUCGUCUGGAACACCACAGAUGUGACUUUGGAUGAGGCGAGCAUCACAGGAGAGCACAUGAGUGACAUCUACGUCAAAGGCUGGAUGCCCGGCAUGGAGGACAAACAGAAGACAGACGUCCACUACAGGUCUCUGGAUGGAGACGGAAACUUCAACUGGAGGUUCAUCUUUGACUUUGAGUACCUGCCUGCUGAGCAACUCUGCCUCGUGUCGAAGAAGGAGAGCUUCUGGAGUCUUGACAAAACAGAGUUCAGGAUUCCCCCCAAGCUGAUUGUUCAGAUAUGGGACAACCAACAAUUCUCAUUGGACGAUUACCUUGGCACACUGGAGCUGGAUUUGCGUAACCUGGUCCCUCCUGCAAAGAGCCCUGAGAAGUGUUCUCUGAAGAUGUUGAAUGAUCUGGAAAUAGGAGUCCCACAAAAAAAAGAGAACGCCAAGUCUCUGUUUGCUCAGCAGUCAGUGAGAGGCUGGUGGCCCUGUUCUAUUGAGGAGGACGGGAAGAAGGUCCUGGGGGGCAAAGUGGAGAUGACACUGGAGAUUGUAAGUGAAAAUGACGUAGAUGAGAGACCUGCAGGGAAAGGAAGGGACGAGCCCAACAUGAACCCAAAGCUGGACCCUCCCAAACGACCAGAAACAUCCUUCUUCUGGUUCACCAACUGUAAGACCAUGAAGUUCAUCGUGUGGCGAAGGUUUAGAUGCCUCUUCAUCGGACUCAUCAUCCUUACCAUAGUGCUUCUCUUCCUGGCCAUCAUGUUGUACUCUUUACCGAACUACAUCUCAAUGAAGAUAGUGAAACCACUAAAGUAGCUCUAAACAGAGGAGGAGCAGAGGAACUGUAAAGGACAAUUUAAAUCAACAUAUCGCAACUGUCAAACCAUCUCAUCGUCGUUUUUUACUGACUUUGAUAUUUUAGAAGUUCACCUAAACUGGGCUGGGUGCUUGCACGUUUGCACUUCAUCAAUGUAUUUCACCAUUAACACUUAAUCUACACUGCUAAAGGUGACAGACACAAACAACACAACUGUGACCUGUUCUACACCACUGCUUUUAUCACACACACAACACACACAUACAGAGGAAUGAGAAAGUGACACCAUGCGUACAUUUGAAUGUGAUCCAACAGUCCUUUAAUGAACUUGUCAUUUUAAUUUGUUGGUGUUAGCAUGAAUGACUUUUGGGGAUUUCUAAGGUUAUAUGUAUGAGUUAUGUUUCGUUAGACUACACAUUAUUGUAAGGUAUUUCUAAAAUGAUGCCCCUCACAUGUAAAUAGGGUGAUAAUAAUUUCUAAUCAGAAGUUGCACUUAAGUUUUAUUCAUUACAGGACUGUUGUGCAUUAUUGCAUUUCACUGUAUGUGGAUUUUUAUUUUUCUGGUCACUCAGUUAUCCUGCCACAAACAGUCAUGUUUAUAUGUUUGUCUAUUGUUACUUUUUCACAGAGCUUUUAAAUUAAAUAAACUGAAAAUUUUAAAAAUGUUA